UCAGCGGAGUAGGGCGCAUGCAGACCAUUAAGCCGUAUAUUCAUAGCCGGACUAAUUUCAGUGCUCCAGUUGGGUCUGGGUAAACAGCACCGCCCCAAUGGUUGUUUGUUUUAAGUGUGGAACGAUCCAUCGCACAGCGCCGGGCUCGAUUGACACUGUCUGCUGAUCUGCUACUGCGGAUUGCUCAGAAUAACAAGGCUGCUCGCUAAUUCCCGUCUAUCGGGGCUUUCGCCGAAACACCGAGAGAGUAGGGUCCAAAAAAAGCCAACAAGGCAGGCAAGAACGCCGCGCCGCCGGAGUCCGCACCCCAGAAUGGCUUCAGGAGACCUUUAUGAGGUGGAGCGGAUUGUGGACAAGCGGCGGAACAAGAAGGGCAAGUGGGAGUACCUGAUUAGGUGGAAGGGCUAUGGAAGUAAGGAGGACACCUGGGAGCCAGAGCACCACCUGCUGCACUGUGAGGAGUUCAUUGACCAGUUCAACAGCUUGCGACUGCACACACACAAACGGCCCAAACUUCCAAAGUUACCUGGUGGCAUGGCUGGCCCACAGCCCCUCAUCACCAGCCGCCCAUCUGCUACAGACUCCUCCAGAGCCCGGGCAGAGGCCCGCAAGAAGAUAAGGACUUGUGGCCCAGGGGUAGGGACUAAAGUAGGCACUGGGUUAGGGACAGUGAGUGGGGGUUCAGGAGGCACUCAGAAGCAGAAGAAGAUGGGUGGAAAAGGGAAGCAUUCUGCUGGGGACAGGGUAAGCAAAGCAAUAACAUAUAAGGCUCCUUCACCAGGUGGGCUCCAGUUUGUUGCACCGGUAAGGCCUCCUCAUAUUGGACUCCAGAAUGGAGAGGUGGAGAGCCUUGUGUACAGGGCAGCAGCAAGGUCACAUGGACUGCCCUCAGACGGAGUGGAUAGGGAACUAGGAGACAUGGAUACUACUGGACAACAGCUCACCACUGAUGUAGGCUCCCCUUUGGCUAAUGGCAAGACUCAUCCGCACAGUUCAGUGAAGCGGAAGCUGGGUGAGGAGAAAGGCUAUGUGUUCGACAAGCGGCUAAGGUACAACGUGCGACAGAACGAGAACAACUGUCGAUUCCGAGACAUCGUGGUCAGGAAAGAGGAGGGCUUCACGCAUGUCUUGCUCUCCAGCCAAACAACAGACAACAAUGCACUGACACCAGAGAUCAUGAAAGAAGUGUGUCGGGCCCUGGGUAAUGCGGCUGCCGAUGACAGUAAAUUAUUGUUGCUCAGUGCUGUGGGGACUGUUUUCUGCAGUGGCCUGGAGCCAUCUUACCUGAUAGGGCGUCUGUCAACCGACCGCAGAAAAGAGAGCAGCCGCAUCGCUGAUGCUGUACGGGACUUUGUGUUGGCAUUCAUCCACUUCAAGAAGCCCAUUGUGGUGGCAAUAAACGGACCUGCCCUGGGUCUUGGGGCCUCGAUCCUGCCCCUGUGUGACGUGGUGUGGGCCAGUGAGAGAGCCUGGUUCCAAACCCCAUGUGCAGCUCUCCGCCUCACUCCCUCUGGCUGUUCAUCAUACACCUUCCCCCAGAUCCUGGGUGUAGCUCUGGCCAAUGAAAUGCUGUUCUGUGGGAGGAAGCUCACAGCACAAGAAGCAUGCGGUCGGGGGUUGGUAUCCCAGGUUUUCUGGCCAACCACGUUCAACCAGGAAGUGAUGCUACGUGUAAAGGAAAUGGCAUCGUGCAGCGCAGUGGUUCUGGAAGAAUCCAAAUGCCUAGUGAGGAGUAUCUUAAAGUCUGUCCUUGAGGAGGUGAAUGAGAGGGAGUGUCAUAUGCUGAAACAGCUGUGGUGCUCAACCAAAGGACUGGAGGCCCUGUUCAGCUACCUGCAGAACAAAGUGUAUGAGAAAUGAUCAUUCACUCCUUGCAAGCUGGACUCUUGGAUGGUCAGUGCUGGUCUACAGCUUAUCCACAGAGAAACAUCUUGAUAAUGCUGUGGUCUUCAGCUGCAGAGGUUUUUGUUUUCGGUUAUUAUUAUUAUUUUUUCCAAAUAGCAGAGGGACGUGUCUGUGACGUAGCUCUGUUUUGUAACAUCUCGACCAGCAAAGUCAAUUUCUUCAUCAUCACCUUUUGAAGAGCAACAUCUCUGUUGGAUCCAUGACUGUCCAAGGGUUAAAGGCUACCUAUCUUUUUAAGGAGUCAAAGAGCAAAGGGCCAAAUCUGCAUUGCUUAAAACAAAGUGAGAACACUGAAGGAGGUUCUUCAGGGAGGUACAGAGUGUAUGUAUGUGCAAGAUUGUAUGAGAAUUUGUGCGUUUAGGAAAUUAUCAGUGGAUGUAUGUGCCCAAUGUAUGUCUGAUAGCACAUGCUAAAAUAAUGAUAAUAUAUAUUAAUAUAUAUUUAUUUAAAACAUGUAAAAAGUUUACUUUGUGUAUAUAAUGCGCAUUCUUCAUGAAUUUGGGUUCUUAUGUUGCCCACUGCUUUGAAUGGAAGUGUUAAGGCUUUGAGCUGAGUGUAGAGAAAACCAAAGUUUGCAUGAGGAUACUGUUUACUUUUCCUUACAUGCACAUUCCAUCCCCUCGGUAUGGACAGAAAAAAAACUGUGCUGGAACAUUGGACACAAAUGCAAGGACUCAUUUAUGGAUGAUAGGCAUAUUAUUUGACUUGAGGACUGUUCAAAACAUACAGUCCUAUGAGGGAGUGAUCACUUGUGAGAACUGAUGCUUUUGAUCAUCAUGUCACAGUUUAUCAUUCGUAAUCCAAACGACUCUGUGAAGUCACACCUCAUUCAGCAGCAGCUUGAUUUCUCAUUAUCUUUAUUUCACUGUGAUAUACAUGAUCGUCACCGAUUUAAAUUUCUGUUUUAAAUCAAGAGGCGAGACUGUCCUGUGUUUAAUAGUACAUGAGCACAUGGAACGCUGGCCUUAAAUUUUCACUGUUCAUUUCUCCUCAUCUUUCACUCUGUCCUCAGUGUACACUCAUUUAAUAACCUGCAAAAAUAAAGAUUUAGGAAAAAGUGAAAUACACCUAUACAUCUAUGUAAUACACCUUUUUUUGGCAGAUCACACAAAGAUAAAAAGACAUGGAGAAUACUGGAAAAAAUGCUGCCACAGUAACAGCAAUCUUUUAGUGAAGGAAAACACUGAAUACACAGAUUUGCCUUUCCAUAGUUGAAUGGCAUUUUAGUCUAAAUAUAGAAUAAUAUUAGAUACUUAAAUGAAUUUGUGGUACAUAUCAUGUGGAAGGAUUAGCAAUGAAUUUUGUUCCUUUUUGUCUGAGCACCACGCAUAGUGGUGUAUCAUUAUGCAAGGGUGUAGCGAGGAUGGUUGGAAAAUUACUCAUGAAUAGUGAAUAACACUGCCUCGACUUAACAAUGCAGCUUGUAUUGUGUGAAGUGUGUGAUUGUUGUCUGAAAAGGUCAGAUGAUCGUGUUGAUACUUCCUGAAAUCGCUUCUUAGAUGUCUAUUUUAUUUUUUAGAGCAGAGAAGAAAUGAUAUGUGUUUUGUCCUGAAGUAAUCAAUUUGGUGACUGCACUAAUUGUCAGUGGUCUGUAUUGUUGAGAUGCAGUAGUCAUGCAGCUGAAGCAAACAUUGUCCUUAUCUGCAUGUGCUGAUAGUUUCAGGAAAUUAUAUAUUUCAAUGGAUAUUGUAUGUAGGGAUCUAUUUUGGUUUACCAAAAAAAAAAAAAAAUGUAGUUCUGUGAAAAUUGUUUUAACUCAGACAUUUGCCCAUUUUUGCAGUUGUACACAUUCAGUAUAUAAAUAGAUUAUGUGGACUUUAAUUGUGUAAUUAAAUGCAUGUAAUAUACUGUAGAUAUAAAUGUGUUGCCUGUCAGAAAACUUUAUAUUUCAGGGUAUGUUUUGUACUGGCAUUGUAAGUAAUGUUAGAAAUGUUGCACAGUUUAUUUUUGUAUUUAUUUGAUAUAACCUUUUGGGUCUGCAGUGCCAUAUGGUUUACUUUGCUCCAGAGGCACCCUCUCUUCAGCACCCUUUCUCAAAUAACCAGAAAGAAUAUUAAUGAAUAAAAUCUCAUGGGUCAGGAUCACAAUUCACUUAAAAAUUUAAAAUGCAUAAAAAAAGCGUAUAAAUACUGUUGUCACUUGAAUCCCUUUUCAGAUGGCCAUAUCCAGUUGUCUUCUGCUGUACAUUAUCAAAAACAUAUUAGAUAAUUUCACAUGUAGUAUGAUCAUUUACAUAAUUUAUAGGUAUGAAUACUACAUCAUUGGAUCUUUGGAGUGUUUUGUGGCAGAGGUUUUCAAAGUGGGAGGUGGACCACCCCAGGGGUCCGCCAAAUGUUUCAGUGGAGGCUCAGACACUGACAGACAUAAAAAUGUUCGUGAAGCAUUUCUAAAAACUUUUUUUUUUUUUUUUAAAUUAUCAAAAGGAGACUGUUUUACAGUUGCCUAAUUUGUCACUUGGUUACAGGUUGUUCAGAGACAGGGGAAUUUUGCUGUUUUUUCUAAUCAAUCAGAAUUGUACAAGUACAUGCCUUUGCAGUCCUUUUUAUGUAUUUGCAUGAAGUUUGACAUUUUGUUAAACAGCGAUAUUACGGUAAAGCUCACUGAAGGUUUGGAUGGGGUGGGGGCUGUGAGGGGGGGUCCACAGUAUCAGACUUUGAAAACCUGUGUUAUUCUAAUUCAGACUUAUUCAAUUUCAAGCCAAGUUUUCUCGGUAAGUACUCCGUGUUUCAUGAUUUUAUUUUUUUAUUGGUGGUUUAUUAGUGUCCUUUUAAAAUAAGUAUGAUAACAGUGGUUACACAGGAAAUAAUUGAUGGAUAAAUGAAGCAUUUUACCAUGUUCGUUUUUUUUUAACAUAAUGAAACCUAACCAAAAAAAAAAAGAAAAAAAAAUUUCAACAUAGCAUACAGGCUCAUCUGAAAUAAAUAGAGUCUCAAAAUACUUGGACAGGGAUCUUUCUGUCACUUUUUUUUUUUUGAGGGGGGGUUAAUUUAUUAUCUGUAAUACAUUAAGUUUUUUAUGUAUAUGUAUAUAUAUUUCCCAUGAGAAAGGAAAUACGCUUCUUUACUGUUUAUAGAUUAUUUAUCUAUUAGUUGCCCUAAGGGCAACAGAUCUGAACUCCACCUCAGUAUGUUUGAAAGAAAAAAAAAUAGAAACUUUAUAAUAUAAUUUGAAGUAAACAAGUUAUUACUCAAAGGCCCUCUCAGAAUUUCUCAGUUGUCCUGUAUGACAGCAUUACUGCUGUUGAGUCCUCUACUGCCACAAACUGACUUUCCUCGAUGUAUAAAUCAUAUCCCAUCAUCCACUGUUUUUCCUCUCUACAAACUUAAAACCACACCUUGGGGUGCCUUAGAAGUUGAAUAUCUUUUGUCUGUGAAAGAUCAGUCCAUGCAUUGUGAUGGUAAAGAGUGAGCUGCUUUAAAUAAAGAACAGUACUUUCA